AUGGAUUUCUCGCCUUAUCGACCUUCGCCAGACGACGAUCGAAGGAAACAACAUGAACGGCAAUCCAAGGGCAAAUCACGUAGCAGCAAACCAAACAGCAGCAAUCGCUAUGAACCAGUCUCCACUAAUCCGACCACAGCUGGUGUUCCCGGUGGCGGCUUCUCAAGCUACCAAGCCGGCACACACAACCCAUCGCUCUAUGAACAAGGUUUCGGUGGCGAAUCAUCAGGUUUACAACCCAAUGCUACAGUGCGUGUGAACAAGUACGAAACACGUUUACCUAUACGAGUGGAUAUUGAAGCAGCCUUGACGUACGUGCUCGGGCCUAUUACAGGCAUCCUUUUCUUGAUCCUUGAAACAAAGAACGAUUAUGUGCGAUUUCAUGCAUGGCAGUCAUCUGCUUUGUUUCUAUCACUCAUGUGUGUGCACUUUGUGUUGAUGUUCAUCUCCAGCGUAUUAUCAUGGAUGCUCUUUGCUAUCGACAUUUUACUCAUUCUGGCCCUUGUGUAUCGUGCCUACUUGGAUGGAGCAUCUUUAGAGCGGACAAUGGUGCCUUACUUUGGACCACUGGCAGCUGAAUGGGUCGACAGCGAAUAA